AUAGACUAGAUCUAUUUAACAGCACCCACCGCCAGCUCUUGGGCUAUUCUAAUCGAAUAGAGAGAUUUAACUGCCACUUUUAUAACGCUUUCACGGCCCUCAGAAUGCAGAACGUGAUUCUGCAGCAAUGGAACGUGAGCCACAGACACUCAGAUUCAACGUUCGGCACGUUAAUAUGGGCCACGUCUGGCCAGUGUAAUACGUAGUUAUCGUUUUUGGUUUACAUUUACAAUAUGCUUUAACGUUUCGCGCAACCUUAACCGUUUCCUAAACGAAUGAAGCACUUUGAUGAACGUUUUAACAAUAGAUGGCACUAGCUGUCAGCUCACGCGACUCUAAAAAUUGACGACAGUGUGCGAUGUUGGUCUAGAGACACGGACCAUGUGGUUUGUGUAUAGAUGUGUUUGUGUAUGACGGCUCGAGAAGUUAAAGUCAAGCAAGCUCGUUGCUUGCACUUGCGAAUGAGUGCCUGAAAUAUCGUUGAAAUGGCGAGAAUGCAAUGUUCUAAAUUGGUUGUAAAGAUGACUACGUUGAGUGGCUUUCUGUUCAGACUACGCGUUUAAAGCUGACCUCCAGAAUGACGUUGGAGAGAAAACGAUCAUCUCGGCGAAGUAGAAGAGAAGGUCACCAUCCCACGAAGAAGCGACGGCCAGCUAACAAAUGUAAAACUUGCUGCCGGAAAUUCACAGCUUUCAUGUUUUCCCACGUCGGUUUGUGCGGACUAGUGAUCGGAUACAGCAUCAUGGGCGCUUUCGCUUUCAGGGCGCUCGAGGCUCCCUACGAGGAAGAGAAGGCGAGUGAAGUGAUCGAGAUGCGGGAACAGACGGUAAAGCGACUGUGGGACAUCACGUGCAAUUAUAAUGUACUAUACAGAGAAAAUUGGACCAGAACUGUGACCUCUGAGAUACAAGACUUCCAGUCGGCUCUGAUAGCCGCGGUCAGGGACGGCUAUGACGGCAAGGGAGUGGAGGCUGGUCAACAAUGGUCAUUCUCAGGAGCUUUUCUCUACUCGCUCACUGUCAUCACCACUAUCGGCUAUGGGAACAUCGCAGCUAAGACUAACUGGGGAAAGGUGGUCACCAUCCUGUAUGCUAUCAUAGGAAUUCCUUUAAUGUUCUUGUACCUAACAAAUAUAGGUGACCUACUCGCCAAGUCCUUUAAAUACCUUUACCGUAGACUGUGUGGGUGUAAACCGGAGGAUGGGCGUCGGCGUCGUCACCACGCAGAACAUUACCGUGUUCACCACAUUGUGCUACAAGAAAAUGCUCCCAAUUCUCACGGCUCUCUCGACCCAACUCUACCAAGCAAGUUCGCCACGCCGCAACCCACAGCAGAAGAAGUCAAGAUGGAGACCAUUCCAGAUGACCUAUCAGAAGAAGGGGAUUAUGGGAAACCGAGAGCCAAUGUCCCCAUAACUCUCUGUUUAGCCUUGAUCACUGGGUACAUAUGUGGAGGAGCUUUUCUUUUUUCGCUCUGGGAAGGUUGGAACUACCUAGAUGGCGCUUAUUUUUGUUUUGUUACUCUCAGUACCAUUGGAUUUGGAGACCUAGUGCCUGGUGACACGGUCGUCUCGGACACUACUGGGUCACAGGAAAAGCUGGUAAUUUGUUCGCUCUACGUGCUUGGGGGCAUGGCCUUGAUUGCCAUGUGUUUCAACCUCGUCCAGGAAGAGGUCAUCUUCAAAAUGAGGAACCUUGGGAAGAGGCUAGGCAUCGUAAACGAUUCCGAUGAUUCUGACGACUGAGCUUAUGGCAAAAUGACGUAAAGUUAGCUUCAGCUUCGAGCUAAUAUAUCACGUUUUAGAUAAAGGAAUAACAUAGGGUGGGAGUAAUUUGUAAUCAUGGCCAGAUGAAGAUAUGUUCAAAGUAAAAAUUAAUCUGCUUUCUUUAGCAUGUAGGCUAGGAUUGUUCUAGUUCAUUUUAAAUAGAGACCACACGAACUGUUCUACUGGCAAAUAAAUAAAUAAAUAAAUAACAGUUUUUAGCAUUUAUCCAGUUCUAGAUAAUAUAAAUGCACUACGUCACUGGAACUCGUGGAGUUAGAAUAAGACACUAGUUAUUGACUGGUCUGAAAUAAUACUGUGUUAGCAUUGAAGUCACCAGUAGCCAAACCAGCUUUAUAAUACAGUAAACAAUCAACAGAAACAUAGCCAGUGAUCAACUGAUUUACAUAGAUACACGUAUAUAUAUAUAUAGUUAAAAUUACUAGUGUUAGUAUUAUGCAGAGACGAGCUGAGGAAGGCGGUAUCAGAGGUAUAUAAAACUGUCGAGCGUUCCAGGAGACUACUAGGAUGUGCCUUAAUGAUUUAUCUUAAUUCUUUGAUGGGUCCAUUUCAUCACCAUGUAUCAAACUAUUUAGUUCUUGAGCACUAUUCAUUGUUGUUGAACUUAUAUACUGCUCUUUCACUGUUUAUUGUGCAUGUGUAUAGAAGAUAGUAUCACUAAAAUUACGCGAUGUUGCACAGCGGAUACAUCUUUUGUUUUUGGAGCUCAAUAUUGAUCAUGUGAUGUGUUGCCUGUUUUGAUUGUACAUUAAUGAAUUUAUCGAAGAAGAAGAAGAAGAAAUGGGGAACCCCGAUCCAUGCUGUAAAAGCUUUCAAUUAUUUUAAUUAAAACUAAAAUUGCAACAUCCUCAAAUGCUCGUGAAAGAAACUGGAUUAGGAUUUCAUCAACCGGAUAUGACUUUCCCCUUUAUUUGUUAUUGUUCUUUUGAGGGAGGGGGAUAUUUUAUGUACGUGUGUACCACUUCAUGCUUCGAAAGUGACUUGAAUGUGACAAAAUAAUAUUGUUCUUAGCCAGAGAUCGUGAAGACAGAAGAAUCCAAUUAAUAUAGACCAGAAAAUGAUGUCAAGUGUUCUAGAUAAUAUAUAUGAGAUCAAUGUCUUUUAAACCAGUUUUCUGUAUAGUGUAUUAAA